GUUCGGUCCUCCGCGUUUCCUCCGCCUCCGUUCCACUCCCUUCCCCGGUUGCCUCCAGUGCUGAGCAGUUCGCUCUUCCUUCCCCAACCAAACGAAGCGGCUUGGCUGAAAUCGCGAUGGUGAGGACGACGAGGUGUUUCCGCGGCGAUCGUCCCGCCUUGACGGGGCUCCGCCUCCGCCGCAUCGACUGCUUCCUCAGGCGUCACCGCCUAUUCGACGCCGCCCACGAGCUGGAGAGGCAGACGGGCGCCUUCUUCGACGCCGCGCACUUCCGCCGCCUGCUUAGUGCCCAACGCUGGGCCGAUGCCUCGUCCUACGCGCUCGGCUUCAUCACUGCCGGGCACUGCAGCCGCGAGGCCGACACGCUCAUCUUCCGCGUCCUCAUCGUCCGCGUCAUGGACGACCUAGCCGGUGGUCGGCUCCACGCCGUCGAUGCUCUUUUCCGGCGCCUCUACACCUCCCUCGACGCCCACCCCGGUCACCACCUCCGCAGGAUCCUGCUCUCCAUGCGUUCCGACCGAGCCAGGGCCUCCAGGCUCUAUCAUCACAUCAGGCCCUUGGCAGUUGAGGUCAUUUUAAACUUGGCAGCCAAGUGUCCUGAACUCAAAGCCAAGGCACGGUUACCACGAUGCACCGUCGAUCCUGCUUACAUCAUGUCGUUUGAUCCAGGGUCGUGGGGAUACAAGGUGCAUAACAAGAAUAAAGUUGGUCACAUUCCAGCACAUGUCCUCGCCCGUUCCUUCAUGCUGAAGAGGCCUUCUUCGAUCAGUCACGACAUGAACCAUCCAGUGGAGGAAGACGUGGAUUGCGAGCGCGGCGAUGCCAGCCUGCCAGGGAUGAUUUGCGACGAUCACACACACGGCCAUCCACCGGAUGAGCCACGGUGAGCGAGCUGUGCAUGCAGCGGAGGCCGCGAUAGAUUGUGGAACGGCCUCGUGUGUGAUUGGGCCGAUGGUUUCGCAAAAAUCGGGGAACGGCGUGGGCGUCUGAUGAAUGGGGCCAAUUCUUGUUUUAGAAAUUUCGUUUCUUUGGAGGCCUCUAAAUCUCCAAGUAAUAAUUACCUCAAAAGAAAGUCUCCACGUAAAUUUUGGGCCAUUUUUUCUUAGUGGAGAAUCUGUGGCCUGUGGGCUUAGUCAUGCCGAAUCUUUUGGAUCUGGUCGCUGGAAGGAGGCCCAAGACCAAGCCCAACCCAUCAGAUCGAGCAUCGUACCGGAGGCCGAGACGGCCACCUCUCCUGUCCGAUGACCCCUCCCCUCCCCUCUUCAUCCAACAACAAACUGGAUCACCAUGAUGGCAUGACUCCACACGGCCACACCAAACCACCACGACAACUACAGAGAAAAGGAUCGUCACCAGCAACGGGAUCGGAGGGAUGAGGCCCCAAUCUUCCGCCGUGGUUCUUCUUCACCUCCGGCGACUGGACCGCUUCCUCAAGCGCCAGGGCCUCCACAGUACCGCCUAUACGCUGGAGAGGAAUUCCCUGGCGUAUUUCGACACUGCGCAUCUGCAGAAGCUGGUGAAGGACGGGGAGUGGGACGACGCCUGGCGCUACAUGCGCCCCUUCUCGCCGCUCUGGGAGCCGCCUGAGGGGGAGGGCACAAGCCAGCAGUACACCGACUUCCUGCAUAGCCUCGAGCAUAACUCCAUGCUAGAAUAUGUUGCAUGCCGCGGCGAGGAAGGUGGUCGUGCUGCCAGAUCUCUUUUUCUGGUCCAAUGAUGAUGCCUUCCGGAAGAAGUUCCCGGAGAUGGCGCAGCGCCACGACCUGUAUCGCUCUAUGACCUCAGAACGAGCCAGGGCAUCCGUCGACUGGGAGGCAAUAAAACCCACAACCUUGGAGAAGCUGCAGGAGUUGCUUCAUUUGCUUCCGAACUGCUUCCGAAGGCGAGAGGCACAGCGCCCGCCCAGGCCAUUGGAAAUAGCCCCUCUGGCGUACUGCUCUUCUUCGACUUUUGAGCUCGUACCAUGUUCAAUUACUCCUGUUUGAAUAAGAGGGGUCACUCUAGUAAUUUUAAGAUGCAACAUUAUUCAUACUUGCCCUGUCCAAUCACACCUUAUUGUCCUCUUGAUAUCCUUUUACACUUCCUUCACAUGAAUAUCUUCCGCAUUGUGCUAGUUUGCUGGGCUCUCGGAGGCAUCAAAGAAAGAGAGUGGACAAGAAACCAGCACAUGAACUCGCACUUUUCCUUCUAAAGAAGAGGCUUCCCUCCGGUCCGGAGACAAGGCACUCCAAUGACGUGGGUCUGCAUUCAGUCCAUGUCAUUUACACACAAAAAAUGGAUCUGUUUGCUUAUUUUGUCAGACUUCAUAUUUAGUAGCCAAACCUCAGUUGUUUCUUGUGCAUGUUAAUUAACUUCAUGGUUGCCACCCUCUUUAUUAGUUGUCAAAAACCCUUCAGGUGUUUCCAGUGCUACAUUUUUGCAGCCACACGAAGGUAAAAGACACCGGCUGAUUCAAAGGGUGGACCGGGUGGGCCAGGGCCCGCCCUAAGAAUCAGCCAAAAAGAUUAGAACCCUCUAAUUUUGAAUGCAUGAUAACGAAUUAAUGUGGAAGCUUCUUGAUUUUAUUUUAAGGUAAAAUUCUUAGUUAGUUAUGGAUUUGAAGACUUCUAUAACACACUUAAGCUGUUGCAAUAUUUAAAAAAAAAUCUGUUGGACCACCCUAGCUUCCAAUCUAGUUUCGCCAUUGGUAAAAGCGCUUUUUAUAUCUCUUCAUCAGCAGCCAACAAAGUUAAACUCAUUUUACUGUGUUGAGUUAUUUUUUUAAAACAUGUGAAUCAUCAAUGUGCCCUUGCCUUGCUCUAAAUAGCAACAGAAAUUCUGUUAGGGCUCAAUGGGUACUAUGCAUCCGAUCUUUCAAAAAAAAUGGGCACUAUGCAUCCAGUAUGAGUAAUUAUUCAGCAAUGCUUUGGGUGUCACGUUACAAUGUUAUGUUCUUAAGAUAAGAGUUGCAUGGACAGGUAAAAAGCGUUUGAGAUCGCAAGAUGAUUAUUGCACUGGAAAUGAUCAGCAAUGAUAUGCAGCAGAAUGUAUCAAAAAACCACGAACAAGUGGAGAUGUUGAGGAGCCUGCAGAGAUCUCCCCAUGAGUUUUGGCAUCAGUUGAAGGUGGGGUGGUAGCAUCGCCGCUUCUACUGAGCCGCCUGAGGCCUUGGAGUUUUGAUCAAGAUGCUAUAUCUGAGAACAACACUGGUGGAAUAAUGAAUCUCUUAGAUUAGGUUGAAUGCGCUUAACUGCUGGAACAGGAAUUGGUGCUAGAACCUGAAAAAUUGUAUCCUGAAAACAUUUACAUGUUUGACCUGAUUCAGCAAUAAAUAUUGUUGAUUACGUCUAGUAUUGCUUAGGGGUACUGAGGAGCAAUGUGGACAUUGUUCAGGAGUACUGAUGCUGUAGAUUAGUUAAUAGUAACCUCCUCCUUUAUGAAAUACGUGCAUUGCACGUUCUAGAGAAGAAAAAAUAUUAAGGGCAUGGAUUAUAUAUAUGUAUAUUCAACUACA